AUCAUCACCAUGGCACUACCCAGCGAAGUCGAGGUCCUGGUUGUAGGCAGCGGAAACGCAGGCUUUGCGGCGGCGCUUUCGGCGGCCCAAUCGGGCGCGAGGAGCGUUCUGCUGAUCGACAAGUGUCCAGAGGACUGGGCCGGCGGCAACACAUACUUCACAGCUGGCGCAUACCGGAUCGCACACGGCGGCCUUGCGGAUCUGUUGCCCAUUGUCAACAAUGUCACGAGCGAGCAGGCGGCCAAGAUCGAGCUCGCGCCGUAUUCGGAGGCAGACUUUGCGAACGACAUGACCAAGGUCUGCAUGGGUCGUUCCGACCCAGAGCUCUCCAGGACGCUGAUUUCCGACUCCAACUCGGCAAUCAAGUGGCUCGCGAAGAACGGCAUUCGGUUCCAGCUAUCCUUCAACAGACAGGCUUACGAAGUAGACGGCAAGAUCAAGUUUUGGGGAGGACUUCAUAUCAAGACGCAAGACGGUGGCAAGGGCCUCAUUGCCGACUACCAGGCCGCGGCCAAGCGACACGGCAUCCAAGUGUCCUGGUCCACUGCCCUUACCGGCCUCCAGCUUGACCCUACCUCCGGUAACAUGGUCGCUGCCGUCAGGGUGGACGGGACAGAGACGAGUCUCAGAGCAGGCGCCAUUGUCCUGGCGGCGGGCGGCUUCGAGGCCAAUCCCCGCAUGCGGAGCGAGUUCCUGGGCCCCGGCUGGGACAUGGCCAUGGUGCGCGGCACUCCUUACAACACGGGCGACUGCCUCGAGCUGGCCAUCCGGGAGCUCGACGCCUCGCCCGUGGGCAACUGGUCGGGCUGCCACUCGGUCGCCUGGGACGCCAAUGCCAGCGCCAACACGGGCGACCGCGAGGCGUCCAACGAGUACACCAAGUCUGGGUACCCGCUGGGCCUGAUGCUCAACGUCGACGGGCAGCGCUUCGUCGACGAAGGCGUCGACAUGCGCAACUACACGUACGCCAUGUUUGGCCGCGCGAUCCUGGCCCAGCCCGAGCACACGGCCUUUCAGGUGUGGGACGCAACGGCAACACCGUGGCUGCGGCCCGAGGAGUACCGCGCGGAACGCGUCGAGCACAUCACGGCCGACUCGCUCGAGGAGCUGGCGCACAAGUGCGCCUCCCGGGGCGGCCUGCGCGACCCGGCGGCCUUUGUGCAGACCAUCCACGAGUACAACGAGGCAGUGUACGCCCACCGCCGCGAGAACCCCAACCUCAAGUGGGACCCGGCGGUCAAGGACGGGCUGUCGACGCAGUCGCGUUCCCGUAAGCUGGCCCUGGCCAAGUCGAACUGGGCCCUGCCGCUGGACAAGGGCCCUUACCUGGCCGUCCGCGUCACCUGCGGCGUCACCUUCACCUUUGGCGGUCUCAGGGUCGACCCUCACAGCGCGCAGCUGCUGCGCGCCUCGACCGGCAGGCCUGUGCCCAACGUCUUCUGCGCGGGCGAGAUGCUCGGCGGCCUCUUCUACAACAACUACCCAGGCGGCAGCGGCCUCACGGCUGGCGCCGUCUUCGGCCGCAGAGCAGGCAAGGCGGCCGCCGAGGCUGUCCGCAGCCGGCGGCCCGAGCUGUCGCCUUCGCUUGCGAGCAAGUUGUAGAGGGAUAAUUACUCAAAACAGAGGGCAUGUACAAGUGUUGCGUAGCUCGUCCGCAGCAUGCUUUGUUAUGGAUAUGGACGCCCCAGCCCCAGCGGGUGCAACGGCAGACACCGGCGCCAAGGCCAUUCAUUGACACGGGAUGAUUCCAAACAGU